AUGAAUACAGCUUGGAAAAAUAAUCUUCAAGAAUAUUGCCAGCAAAAUCAGAUUUCUUUUCCCAACUAUCGAAUAAAAACUCAAUCUGGUCCAGUACACAAUUUGAAAUUUCAAGUCGAAGUUGAGAUAAAUGGUUACUGGUAUGCCGGUGAUGAAAGCUGUUCAUCAAAGAAAGAAGCAGAACAGUCAGCCGCUAAAAAGGCGCUAGAAUGUUUACUUGACAGAAAUCAAUCUUCACAAACUUCAACAUGCAUAAGUUCUGACGAAAUUUCUGAUCCAACAUCAUCAUACGUUGAAGUUAUACCCCUACCAACACAAAUUCAAGUAGACUCAGUUGAUUCAAAGAGCCAUUUUCCAGAUGAAUAUGCUGACAUAGAAGAGUUUAUAGCUAAUAAAGUUAAAGAAUUCGAUGGACGAAUUCGUAAAAUAAGGCCACUAGAUUCACGAGGAAAGUAUAAGGUUUACAUAGGUGGCUCGUAUCGUUAUUGUGAAAAUGUUCAACGGGAUCAUAAAAGGAAUGGAAUCUAUUUUAUUGUUGAUCCGAUUAAGAAGACUUAUUUUCAAAAAUGUCAUGAUUCUCAAUGUUACGGUUAUCAAUCAGCAAUAAAGUAUAUAACAAAAGAUCCAACAACAUCUUCUCACUCUUUAGAAACGAAUUCUAACAGCAACUGUUCAAAAUGCCGAAAAUCAUUAAAACGCGCAAGCCAAAUUUCAUGUGAACGUUGUGGAGAAACAUUUUGUGCGCAGUGUACACAGUUCUGUGAAUUAUGUCAUGAUGCUGUUCAUUGUGACCGAUGUUUUGAAUCAUGUAUUGAGUGUCAUGAUUCAUAA